AGAGAACCACGUAUUGUACAUACUUUUAUACUCAGAGAAGUCUGGGGCAAUCCCACAUCAAGGCUUGAUAAUAGUUUAAUCCGUUGUCAUUAAUACUUUUAGCAUGACUUUUAGCUUGAGAUAAAACCGAUUAGUUUCACUUUGAGCAGGUUGUGACAGUUUAAGAAAACAAAUCACUGAUGUACUUUUCUCACAAGCGUGGACACAACUUAUUUUACAAUUUAUUCACGGAUUCAACUUUGAUUACCGAUGACUGCUGAUAUUCAACAAUCAAACUGGAUCGAGAUUCUCGAAGUUUUCUCUUGCUCUCCGAUCUCUUAUGUUCCAUUCCGUCCUUGUAUUUGAAUAAGACCUCCAGCGUUAAAUAUUUUUGGCGAUGAAGAAUUGUUACUUUUAAAUAUAAUUGUCAUCAGUACAGGCAAUAUUCACUCUAAAUUAAUAAUUAACAAACCCCUCUACACACAAUGCAAACCCAAAAAACUUAUAACAGCAUUUUCGAAAUAUUGCACGUACAUUAUAACUUCAUCAAAUUAACGUUAGCUGAUCUCUCUCAGUUCUUAGUAUUAGUUGAUAAGCAAGAGAUCUUUCUGUAUUACGGACCUUAAAACUGUGCCCCUUUAAUCUUGGAAGGAGACGGUCGCAUAAGAAAGGAAAAUGAGCUUCUGAUUUUGAUUUUUGAAAGUAGCCCUUCCCUCUCCCUGUACCUCGGCUGGAAGUUAAGGGACAGAACUCUGAUGUCAUCGACGAGCUCUUCCAAUGAAGUUCUGGAGCGCCAUGCAUUUAUUAGGAGCAUGUCCAGAAGAUUAUCGAAAGAAGACUUUGAUGCCACCUUCGCAGCCUUUUUGAAAACGUCCGUUUCCUCGGAGGAGGACACAGAGAAAAUUAAUGAGCUUCUUCGAAAUCCUAUGAGAGGAGAACCUAAAAAUCCAGGUUUAUGGUGGAUGAAUGACGAAGACAAGAAAAAAGGUGCAUCUGCCAAAAAAAGCUUUUUGAAAAGUAGUAAGCCAUUGUCUUCUGAAACGCCAUCAAAAAUAAAAUUGUCAGAGAAUGUUGGAGGAACAGCAAAAUUGCCAAAAGGGGCAAUGGUCAAGGGUAUUGGAAAAAGUGGAAAGACUGACAAAACCAAGUCUAAAGGGGGAAAAGAGCAAUCUCCAGGCAAGAGAGGAACUGCCAGAGGAAAAGGGCCCACAGAUGUGUCCAUGAGCAAAGACAGUCUGGAGGACAUUUCAGAAAAGUCAGAGGAGCUUGAACUUCAUGGGCACCAUGCAUUAGUUGGAUUACAUGAUUCUACCCUGGAAACUACACAAGAAACGUCAGAUGGUGCCUUUUGUGGAGAGGACAGUGAUAGAAGCCCUGAUAAGCCAGGUUUUGAUACUCUUGAUGAGCUGGCAGAAAAGCAGAAAUUUUUUCAGGACCUGGAAAGCAAGGCCAAUGGCACUCUGGACUACAGUCAACUUAAUCGAGAUCUGAGUCAGACAGGAACGACAUUUUCACCAGGAACUGCCAUGAAGGCUCAGGACUUUGAGGAUGAGGAUGUAGUAGAGGGAGAAGAGGAGGAGCAAAACCAUUCAUCACAUCUGGACCCUCAAGUUGAUGUAGAAAUAUCUUCUGACAAGAAUUCUUCCCAACACAAACCAAGCAUGUUAUCAAAGGUCUCUUUGCUUGACUCGCUGGAUUCUACGCUAAACACUUCACUUUCACCCCAAGUACCUGGGAAAGAGAGUACUUCAAGGGACACAACACAGGAAAAUUUGGGUCUGACUUUUACGGAUAACCUCAAAACUCAGGGUACAGCAGGUGCCAUGGGAACAAACACAAAAGAGAUGGAAGAACUGCAGCGGGUUCUCAGAGAGGCUGAAAUGUCCCCAACUCUCAAGGGACCAGACACCAGCAGCAUGUCAGGCAGGGAGGACAGUAGGCCAGUUGAACGAAGUGUUGGAGACAUCUUGAAGGAGGUGGAUGAAAUCUACCUGCAACAGAAGGCUGCUCUGGCAGUUGAGGACAACAUAAAACUCAUGUCAGAUUACAAGAGUCCACGAAGUCCUAGAUCAGCAGGCGUUGGUCUUCAAAAAUGGAAAAAUGCAGAUGACCGUGGAGGUUUUGACAAUUCCCACUCAGAGGAUACUGAGAUCCACAAACCUUACUCUGCUGCAGUAAUAGCUGAGAAGAAAGGAAGAAAGAAUUCUGAGAAAGCACAAAGUAGGCAAACGGCAGGCACAAGAGCUAGUGAAGACCAAGAUAGAAAUAAUAGGGGAAGAAAACUCAGCAAGGAUCGGUUUAGUCAUAUUCAGAGUUCAGGAUAUGGGAAACGCUCACCAGAUGCAUCUCCAAGGAGGUCAUAUUCUCGGUCAUCCAGCUUGUCUCCAACACGGCCCAUGCCACGUGGAAAGUACACACGAUCAUCCUCAGAAGCUACACAACAUCAUGGCCAUAAAAUGAUGGCAGGUUCAGACUCCCCCUCACCUUACCAUCAGAGAAGUGAAAUGAGAACUGCUGUACAGACACAGACUCCAAAGAACAAAUAUCAUUCAAAGCCAUCCUUGUCACAGCCAGAGCAAAUGACAUCAAAGCCAAAUAUGUCUUCAGCACAAGGUGGGAUCGGCCUGUUCCACGAGGAUAUGUUGAUCAAGGAGCUCAAAGACCUGAGGGAACAAUAUCAUGAAGAGCGAGAGAAGAAUGCACGGCUUGUUGCUGCUGCUGCUGCCAAAGAGUAUGAAUUUGCACAAAAGUUAGAGUCACAGCAACUAGACUAUGAAGCACAGAUCUCUGACUUAAAAAGAGACAACUUUGUGAUCUCUGCCAAGCUCAAGGAAUAUGAAGCUUCAGGUAUGAAGCACAGAGAAGUGGAACCUGGUAGCAGUGGAGGAGACAUAACUUCAGAUGAAAGAAUCAAGCGAAUUGAGAAGGAGUGUCAGGAACAAGAGGAAUUGCUUGCCCGCUUUCAGGCAGAAAACAAGCGCCUGUAUGAAGAAAUUCGCAGCAAAGAGAAGGCAGUCAAACUGACAGAAGAGGCCAUGUUUAAGGAAAACCAGCGACUGAUGGCUGAGCUUGUGUCUGUCAAGUCUCAGCUGGAACAGCGUGAGGUGGAAUGGAGAAGCAAGGGGGUUAUCACCAGUCUUGCUGCCCAGCAGCAGAUUUCUGCUGGCACCACAGAGUCUGGGACAGAGGCUGUUAGAUCAACUCACCUGGAAGAAGAGCUGAAAGAUGCCAAGCGACAGCAUAAUAAUGCUUUGCGAGAGCUGAAAGUACUGCAACAGUCCCAGUCUGAACUGGAGCAGCAUGUCAAUGCUUUGGUCAUGGAAAAGCAGAUGCUCAAGAAACAGCUCAGUGAGGCAAGACAGGCACGUCCUGAGGAGAUCAAAAACUUGGAGCAGAAGCAUACAGAGGAGACAGAACGUCUGACCCGGAAGCUGAAGUGGUAUGCUGAGAAUCAGGAAUUGCUGGAUCAGAGUACCAGGACCAUCAGAGAGAAAGGACAGAUCCAGGAACUAAAGUUGCGCAUAGAGGAGCUUCAGAGUGAGACAGGUAAGCGGCUGGAGGAAAACAAACUUCGAGCAAAAGAGAAGGCAGCUGAUGGCAAGAAGAUACAGGAUCUGCAGAGACAGGUCAAAGAGAUGGAACAGAUCAUACGCCGCCGUCAUCCCAACUCUCUGCCAGCUCUGAUGAUGUUGGCUGCAAGCUCAGAUGACUCUGCACCUAGUGGUGAUGGCCGGAGUCGGAGUGUUGAGGUGCUAGAGAAGCGGAUUAAAAAGUUGGAGGGCCAGCUGGAAAAGAAAGAUGAAGAGACAAGUACACUGUUACGUGCCAUGGAACAGAAGUACAAUGCAGUUAAGUUUCAGUUUGAGGAGCGAAUAGCAGACUUGGAAAGUCAGUUACGAAUGCACACCCGAUCUGGUGACACAGAACUCAAACCAUACGAACAUCCUCACACUCACGCUUUAGCCUUGGAAAGGGAGUUGGAGAGUACACGAGAACGAUGCAAGCGACAGGUGGCAGAACUCAAUGCAGAGGUUGAGCAGCUGACAGCAGAACUAAUGAAAAUAAAGAAACAGUAUGAGAAUGAAAUGCGAAGUGAACAGGCCCGCUGGCUGCAAGUUGAAGCUGGACUGCGAGCACAAAUACUUGCGCUGCAAACUGUUAAAGAGAAAGACCAAGACCUAAGUAACAUCACAGCUACCACUGAAAGGCUGAAGCCAGUUUCUAAUGGACAUAAAAAAACAAAUAAAAGAUUAGGAAAAACAAUAGCCAGGGAAGAGAACUACGGGAAUACAGCACUCAACACCUUCCCAGAGUCAAAGCAUGGCAUGUUUAAAAAGAAUAUCAAGCAGAAGCUUUUGCUGAAGAGCAUAUCGCAGAUAUCAUCAAAGAAAAUGAAAAGCUCAAGACCAGGUGCACAGCAUGUGGAAAGCCAAGUUGCAACCCUCUUCUUCCUCCCUGUUACCUUCCCUGGGUGGCUGGGGGACUUUUUCACUCAGAGGCCCUUGAAUCAGCACUCUUCUGUUCUGAAGUUCAGCACAUUAACCAGCAGACUUGGGUGUUUCCCACCUGGUCAAAACAUUCAAGAACAAGAACUGGAGCUGCUACAAUUAGAGAAAGACCAGGAGAGGGUGAACCUGCGUCGUUCGUUAGCUGAGACAGAGUCGAUAGCUCGUCACAGCCGUGAGGAUUUUGAAAACCAGCUUGAGGCCAUGAGAGCUGCGCACGAGAAAGAACUCAAUAAGCUUCGUGCAGAACAGGCACUGCAGCAUUCCUCAUCCAAGUUGGCAGCACUACAGAGCAGAUGUGACUCCCAGGAGGUGAUGCUGCAGCACCUACAGCGCCAGCUUGCUCAGCGGGAAGUGGAGGUAGAGCAGAUGGCAGCACUGAAGAAACAAGAGACAGAGCUGAAAGCACAGGUGGAGAUGUUGCAAGAAAAGCUGCGUGAAGCCAAAAGGACACAAACGCCAGUGAUGCGUCAUUAUGAAGCUUUAGAAGAAAAGAUUUCACUAUUGAUGGAGAAGCACAGCAAGAGAGAGCAAGAACUUGAAGUACUGGUACGCAGUUCACAGAGGAUAGCCUCUCAGGACCUCAUAGAGGAAGCUGCACGCUGGAAGAAUAUGGUAGAAGCAAAAAAUCUGGAGAUUAACAAGUUCCGUGAAGAGCUGGACUCCAUUUUGGAAGUACUGCGAGAACUGCAGAGACAAGGGGUGAAGCUGCCAGUCUGUAGCUUGCGCUGAUGUUUAAAACUCCCUCAAAACUGUUGAUAGAAAAGCUUGUUUAAAACAAUAUUUCUUCAUAUGGGCAUGUCCAUUUAACAGCUACCUCAUGUAUAUUGGGUGUGAUGUUGGUCACCUCUGUAUUCAGUGCUUGAAGAUACUGACCAUCUGCAUCACAUAUUGCUGAUAGUGUGAACCUGCCUGGUUAUCUGGCGAUGCUAUAUGCCAGCCAUGUCAUAUGGCUGGGUGUCAUCUAGCAAUGUGUCACAGGUAAGGCUGGCAUUUAAUCACAUCUCCAGCCCAAGAUUACUAUGUGUGAUGACAUGCCACUUAAAUGUCAGGCUUGACAAAAUACAUUAUGCCCAGCCCACCACAUACUGCUGUUGACCCACAGACUGAUAUCUAGUCCUGUUAUAUGCUCAACAUCUAUUUUAUCUGAAACAUUCCUGUCCCUCACAGUCUAAAAUUCAGCUCAAAGCUGAGGUACAACCACAAAUGGUGACAACAUCAUUAAUCUGGUUAAACUGCAUCUUCAAGUUGUUUCAAUGUCCUGCUGUUUUAUGGUUUUAGUCAGUAGCAUGGUCAGCUUACUAGUACACAGCAGGUCACCUUAGAGAUGUUUUGCAUCUUUCUGCACUACAUGCUUUUUCUGAAUGCCUUGCAGACAUUUAAUAAUAAUAAAUGUAAAGUGUAUACUCACACUCCUAAGGUGCAUGCUCUUAGUACCUAAGAACAAGAAGGACAGACAGCAUAAGAGGGACAGGAAAACAAAUAACAUAUGAACUAAGAA